AUGCUGGCGACAUAUGAUCAGGGCAACCGCAAUUCCAAGGCUGCAGACCCCCAUUCAAAAGAAGCGAAAGCGUCAGCUGGAGAUUCAUCAGCUGCGUUCACCGAAAAGUCGUUGGAGUUUCUGGCCCUGAUGAUGGAAUCUAUGAAAGAGAUGCAAAAGCGAAUGAACGACUCCAAAGAUGAGGCUGGCUUGGUGAAGGGUGUCGAAACCAUCCGAACUGGCAGUCCUGAUCUUCCUGUUCUAGCACCAUGGGAAGCCCAACAAGGACCGUUGAUCCUUGGCGAUUGGCUGUUGCUGGCAAAGCCCAUCAUAGCCGACUUGUCCUUAACUGCAGGUGAAUGGUGGCGAAGCACUGUCAAAUCAGCUGAGGAGUCGUACAAGCUUCACAUGAGUUUGAGCCCUUUGGAAAGAAUCAAGCACCCCUGUCAAGCACCGCCUGAGAUCACCAUGGAAAAGUGGCAACGUGUUGAACGCCGAGCGAGAAAUCGCGCAAAAGAAAUCGGAGCUGUUCCUCCGGAUCCAGCCCUACAACGGAAGGGGCUCCUCAAAAUGUCAAAGAAGCAAUUGGAAAGCCAUCGAGAACUGCAGUUCAGAGUCUCCCUAGUCCGGUCUGGGCUUGGUGUGGACACUACACCAAAUGAUGUAAAUGUGGAGCAGUUUGCAUACCACCUUCUUGCUGAAUUUGAACAACUGGCUCUGACUGAGAAGAAGCCAGGAACAUCCUCGGCCGCUGCCAAGGGUGAACAGCCGAAGCUGAAGUCUUUGGAAGCAGAGAAGUCAAAAGCAAAGAAAGGCGAAGAAGAGACUGGAAGGUACAACAACUACCCUGCAGGUUUGGGCAAGGGAUUUGAUUCUGGAGUGGUUGGCGCCUGGUUGGACGAAGAGCUUGCCCAGAUGUUGCCAGCCUCAUUUGACCUUCGUUUCCAAGAAGUUGCAGAGGUCUUGAUUUGGACAUCUCAUGCAUGCAGCCGCUAUUGGCGGACCAUUUAUGCAUCUGGAUUGUGGCUGAACCGCAACACUGCCCGACAAAUAGAUGGGUACUCUACCCUAGCUUCGCUGACUGCAAAGAUGGGCUACCGUUUGUACCAGAUCCGUCCAAAGCUGCAUAUGAUGUGUCACAUUCAGCUAGACCUUCAGACCUCGCUGGCUAAUCCCCGAAGUGCGUAUGUGAUGAAUCCUGCGGCCCACAUGACGUGGGCGGAUGAGGACUUCAUUGGACGGAUUAAAUCGGAUUAG